AUGGACCACCCUCUCGAACAACAGAAGGAUGUAGACACUGUCAAUCAAGAAGUCUCGUCAGAUCCUUCGGCCAAACGCUUUUCGAAGGUCGAAUCAGUCACAAAUCCCGGUGUUUCUAUGAACUCAGUCGAUGGUACAAAUGGCCGUUUUGCCCGCUCUGCCUUCAAAGUCUCAUGGAGUAGGACGGUAUCCAGAAUGCUGAGCAAACGACAAAGAACAGCUGCCACCCCCGACACAAACCCAGCUCCUAAAUCUGAUGCCAACGGGAGGAAAACGGAUGCUUCUGAUGACAGAGGGGAUAAACGACUCAAAGAGCUGGGCAAUCGACCCGAUCCUACUCAGCCUCUGCUCUCAAAGCAUGCCACUGUUAUAGACGUGGCUGCAUCAGGCAUCAUGAAGAAAAAAGACUUACUGAAACGCCGCAGCUUGGGGGACUUUUUAGGUUCCAUCAGCUCCUACAACACGCUCAAGAAGAGAUGCAGAUCCCCGGAGGCUUCAACGGACAUGGUGGGCUCUCAUUUUUCAACGGAGUCUCUGACAAAGGGUCAUGAUCACGCCGCAUCCGACAACGCCCCUCCUACGCUGCCAAAGCUGCCGUCAUCGGGGGAUUUGGCAACAAGCUUUCAAAGAAAUCUCGAAGCAGACCCGGAAGCUGUCACCACCGUUCUCUUGACGUCGCGUCCGCCAGGCAUUAAUUCUACAAGACACUACCGAAGAGAUCAAGCCGUACAGACGCUUUUAACAUCUACCCCAGAACGUACUGAUGCGACGGGGGAAAGGGGAUGCGGCUUGUCAGUGCCUAAAGUACCGGGGAUGAUUGACCUUUACACCGGGCGCCAGCUUGUGUGGAACACGGCUACCAGUGCUGACCCCCGGUCAGUGCAGACUCACACGCCCGGAGAGAAGCGGGAAGAGACGAUACAGGAAGAAGUCCCGAUGCUCUUGCAAGCGAAGGACAAGAAGCGAAAAGAGCUUGGCUUGCGUCCAUGUACCAACCCUGGGACUGCAUAUACAACCGUGGAUCCCCUCCAGGCUGUGUAUGAGAGCAAACUCAUUCAAGGCCCUCACCUCGAGUACAAGCGGAAAACACGCCGCAGUCUGGGGGAUGAUGAGGACUUCGACUAUUCAAGCGGCAGCGUCUGGAGGAAGGACGAAACAUCCAACGGCGCUACUGCUGCUGCUAACGACAUCAACGUCCCUACUGGUGCCCCUACUGGUGCCGAUGACGAUAUCACCGAUAUAUCCUCCAACCCUGGUAGCAAGAACCUGAAAAAAAAGGCGAAGAGUCUGACGUUUAUCAGACAGCUGGAGGUACAACCGCGCGGAAGCUCCCUAACAGCGCCGCGGAGAAUUUCCUUUGAGAUGGAUCUGCGUGGAACCGACAGCGAUGCAGGCGGCGCAAAAGACUCUUUUCAUCACUCCUUGAAAGACAAACGAGUAGUUGUUGUAUAG